AAACCUCAAGAUCCUGUCAGUCGCUCAGGCAGACGGUGACUCCAGCUACUUCCGGUUGUCUUCCACUUCCGCUAUCCGCGCCCACGACUCUCAUCGACUCUCCUUUGGUCAGCCCUGCUCGAUUGCUCGGCGGUCUCCAGCUGCGCGUGCGCAGAGCGAAGAGCGAUUUUAAUUGGCCAGAGCGGGUAGCGCGCGAGACCUGUGAGGCUCGCCAGUCACUUAGCGAGGGUGAACUAAGUCCCGGUUCUUCCCCGGGAUUCCUCCUAGCCCCAGGAAGCCCUGGUUGGGUCCCCGUGACUCGAGGCUGGAGACGGCUGCACCUUGCGUUCGGCUUCCAUCCCGAUGGAAGAGCUUUCCGGGAAGCCCCUCAGCUGUGCGGAGAAGGAAAAGCUGAUUUUCUCCAUGUUUAAGACCCACGUUGGAACAGAGCGAAGGGAAGAAAGACAUUAUAAAUAAGUAUCACAUAUAAUAGGUGUUUUGUGUGUGUGUGUGCAUACAAAUUUAGUGUAGUAGUGUGAAAGAGCUCUCAUUUCUUUUGGAAUCAGUAUAUUAUUCUGCAAGACUUAAAUAUUGCUUGUGCUUGCUGUGCAAAAUUAGAAUUCACGUUAAUUUGUCCUAUCCUUUCUUACAUUCUAAGGGUGGUAAAGAUCAUUUACAAAUAAACAAGAUAAUUCUCACUGAUAAGAUUGAGGACAAGAUAACAACAGAGGUUAAGAGCAGACUGUAGGCCUUCCUAAUGCUGUGACCCUUUAAUACAGUUCCUCAUGUUGUGAUGACCAUAAUUUCGAUGGUGCUUCAUAACUAUAACUUGCUACUAUUAUGAAUCAAAAUGUAAAUACAUGAUAUGAAACUCCUCUGAGGGGGUUAAAUGGAGCAGUUAUAAAUGGCAGCGUCCUGGAGGAACUGUUUAUUCUCUGUUCAGUUUGCAUAUCUAUAAAAGGAGGGUGAUUAUGUAAUAGAAUCUAUUUGUUAGGGUUAUUGUGAGAGCUAAUUGAGUCAAUGGACAUUAAAGUCACAAACGUCCCUAGGACCAACUGAAGCAUAUUAUGAAAGUAUCAUCCAUUUUUAUUAUUGUGUGUCUGAGAAUGGAUGGGGACUGAGGUGACUUUAGCGCAGAAGAGCUGGAGUCCACAAAGUGUCCUGGAAACCUAGGUGGGGAAAGUGCUUAAGAAAAGUUAAAGUUAGUAACUUUUUUUUCUGAAUUUUUAAUGACCAAAACAAAAAUAUACCUAAAAGCAAAGCUUCUGGAAAACCCAUUUGUUCUUCCCUGUCUUGUAUCACUCCUCAAACUUGACACUGGCUUCCUGCCUGGCCUUGUGUUUCAGAGCUGAGUCUCAAUACAUCCUUGUUGACAACAGUUUUGUCCAAGGGGAUAUCCAGUGUACCUUGUGGGUAUGAGGUGGUUGUAGUUAUAAACUUUCACAAAGGACUUGAUCUUGGAUCACUUGGCAGUUUUCUUCUUGCCCAUGGUAGCUGUCACUUUUGGGGAUAGCGGUCAAUUCCAGCCACCAUGGCUUGGCAGUAAGGGCAGUCUGAGGUGCCAUCAUCAAUGUUUUUCACGAUGGCAGUUUUACAUCCAAAGUAUCGUCCAGCUAGGACUAGCACCACUUUCCUGGGUUUCAUGAACUUGCCCAUUUCAACAGCAAUCAGCCGGCACUCAGCAGAAAGGAAAGAAGGACCCGACAGUAACUUUCAUUGUAGCUUUUUUGCUGCUUUUUGGUUUGUGGAAUUAUUCUUAAGAAAGGAUCUCGUAUCCCAAGCUAGUCUUGGAUUUACUUAGACGCUAAGGAUGACCUAGCACCUUCCAAGUGCUGGGGUUACAGCUGUUCACCAAAGAACUGGGUUUAUUUGGUGCAGAGGAUCAAAGCACAUGCUAGAGGAGCUCUCUAACAAGCGAGAUACAUCUCCAGCCCCUUUUAUGUUGUUUUAAAAGGAAUAUACUGAGGAUAGAAAGCCAACAAUUGUUUAAAGGAUGAAUACAGGGUUCCUAAAGGGCAGAAAGACGGGGGUGGGGGGGAUCUUCUGCUGAGGGAACAUUUCAACCACAGAAGCUUAGGAGACAAAAAGAAUCUAAACUUUCAGGGACUAGUAAUUUGGCAUAGCCUGAAUGAAUUUGCAAAAGCUUUUAUGGAGAUGCCUGCUGUGUGCCUGGCUGGGAAAUCAACAGCAACAGCCCCUACCUCUCACUGGCUUUCUUCUAUGUAUUCUUCAGAUGUAUGAACUGGGUCUACCAUUGAGAUUUCCUAUUUGUGGUACCUAGAAUAAUUACACAUACGCUAUAUCCACAAGGCUAGUUCCUUCCUUUAGCUCUAGGUGCAAGUGGUAGCCCUUGCUCCACUUGAAAUACCUCCGUGAUUAUACUCCCUACAGGAAGCAAAUUACUUAUAUCACUUAGAUUAAUCUAGGUACUUUUAUGUCAGAUCUUAUCUGUGCUCUCGAAUGUUAGCUGCAUUCCUCACUGCAAGUAAAUUGCCUUAACUACCUUAUACCUCAAGCAUCAGGGAUAACUGACACUGUGUGUGUACUGGGGGGUGUUGGUUACUGCUACAAGUUCCUGGGCCAUUAAUAGAUAAAGAGCAUUUAUUGGUUGAUUGACUAUGAUAAUAGCCCCUCCCUGUUGAGAAGUGAUGGGAAGGUACAAGAGAAAAUGGACAGCAUAGUGUGUGGUGCAGUAAAUUUUGAGAACAGCACAGAGGAAUGGAAGAGUGUCUAAACUGGGUUUGAGCAAGAACCUAGAAGCCUAUACUAGGGAAGUAAUCCUGCAAACUGAGGCUUGAGGACUCCAUAGGAACUGCUCCAUGUGACAGGAGACCAUCAUGGAAAGGUCCUGAGAGAGCUUGAUGCUUUGUGGGAACUGAGAAAAGAUUUGAAUGGGAAAACUGCUUUCCCUGUAGUGAUCUUGCUGAGGGAUGCUGCUAAGCUCUGCACACUGAGCACCAUAUGCAAUCUCAGGCCUGAUAGGCACUACAUCCAUUCCCUCUGAUCUUACCUUUCCACUGAUCAGAAUUGUUAAUGUUUUUCUUCCAGUUGAAAGAAAAGCUAGCAUUUUUGAAAAAGGAAUAUAGCAAGACACUUGCUCGCCUUCAGCGUGCCAAAAGAGCUGAGAAGGUUAAGAACUCUAAGAAAGCAAUAGAAGAUUGUGUACCCCAGCAGGAAGUCUCCCCACUGUUAAACCACUCUGAACCUAUAAAUAAAGGCUUUACUUGUGACACAUUACAAAGCGACUAUCUCGAUGAGGAGACUGGAGAAAGCAGCUCUCAGAUACUUGAUAUUGAAUCUCAGUCCUUGAAUUGUAAAAGUGGCCAAGAAGUAUUACAUACACCAAGAGCAGGUGACAUCCAAGGACAAUUUUUGCAUAGCACCAGCAGCCCUGAUGGUGAGAAAGGACAGAAUACACUUCCAGGGACAGCAAAGAUGCCGUGGACGAAAUCAUCUGUGUCACUGGGGAAGGAAGAUUUUUUUAACACUAAUUCUCUUACACUCCCUGGCAAGCAUGGAAAAAGACAGGAAGCAGUCAGUAGCAGGAGUCCUAGGGCUCCAGUAAGUGAAAAGACUCACCUUUUAAGUCUGAAGUCUCAAACUCCUGACCCUCCAGCACUUGUUACAGGUAUUGGAGAGAGUAUAUUAAUUCUACCAUCUGGCAAAUCAGAAAGGGGUAUUGAGACACCUGUGGGAGGAAAUAAUGUCUCUAUGGAGACUACAGUUCCUUCAUGUACUGUGUCAAACAGCAAUUAUUGUCGGCACCUUGAGCAUACACCUCCUGACAGUAGCUGCAAAAUUACUACACAGGGCCCGGCUUCAUCCAUAAACCUGGUGGCACAAGACAAAAAAACGACUAUAUUUACAGAUAACUCAGUAUAUAAAGCUGUGAGUGCCAAUGAUCAGCUGCCAGGAAGUCCUAAUUCAUGUUCUGUAAAUGAUCUCACUCUUAGUAAGUUGCCAGCAAAUACUACCCAAAACUCUAAAUCUUUAAAAUCUCCCAGUAACAUUAUUGAUGUGAGAAAUGAGAAUCUUCAGGAAGAUGAAAUUCUUGGCUCAUCUAAGAACCUCAGCCCAGCAGCAGUCUCUCCUCCUUCCACAGAAAGUCAAAUACAUUCUUGUACUAUGCUUGAAGGCCUUCUGUUUCCUGCAGAAUACUAUGUUAGAACAACCCGUCGCAUGUCUGAUUCUCAGAGAAAAAUAGCUCUGGAAGCUGUAAUUCAAUGUCAUUUGGGUGUCAAAAAAAAAGAGCUUAAAAAGAAGAAAGCAACUAAGGACGUAGUCCUCUCCAGUGAAGAAACUGACCCAAGUGAAAGUGGCAUGCUAGACACGAGCACAGGAAAGUUGAGUUCAGGAAGCCUCUCUCAGAAACUUCUCUCAGCAGCUGAGGUCAGCUCUCCUCCAGGACCUGCUGACAACCGACCUGCACGGCCACCUGGUAGAGGACACAGAGGGAAACGAAAAUCAGUCCGCACCUCCACACUGGAUCACUGUCAGCUGCUUUUUCCUCCCUGUGUCGCAUUGGCUGUUAACAGGUCCAAGGGCAAAUUCACCAAGCAUAAGUGUCAGAACAGAGAAUUGAUUAUUCAUGACUUUGAGUUACCCGAUGAAGACUUUGGGUUUCUUAAACUUGAAAAAUUGAAGUCCUACUCAGAAAAACUGAUUGAGUCUCCUGACUCAAAAAACUGCGGUGAGAGACUUCCUAGAGAAGGAAUCCGUUCUGCUCUGGAAGCACUGCAAAUAGAUUCGGAGACAGAGGGCUUGGAAGAGGAGCUCACUGUUCUGCCAGGAGAAGCAUGCCAUCCAGGGCCAACCCUGAGAAGGCAGCCGGGGAGCAAGGGCCUUUCUUCAUCCAUAGUGCUUUUCACUCCUACAGACACUGCUGCACCUAAUCACAGUGGCAGGCCUACUCCCUCCCUGUGUUCACCUGCUUUCCCUGUCUUAGGCAUGACUCCAGCUUUUGGCUCCCCAGCAACCGGUGGUAAUCUGUCUACUGAAGCUGCACAGCCUUGCUCUACACCCCAACCUUCUCUCUUGGGAGACACAAACAGCCUUGUUAAUAACAGUAAAGAGUGCAACAAUUCAGCCUGCUCACCAAAACCGGAUACCAACCUGCAAGUGUCAGGUAGGCAAGGACAACCUGCCUGUGACAGUGACUCUGGCCCCCAAGCAACACCUCUGCCUGUUGAGCCAUUCACUUUCAGAGAAAAUCAGCUUUGUGGAAAUGCAUGCCUCGAGUUACAUGAACAUUCCACUGAACAGACUGAAACUGCAGACCUCCCUGCUUGUGACAGUUUAAACCCAGGCAGCCUACAGUUGGUUUCAGAGUUAAAGAAUCCUUCCAGUUCCUGCUCUGUGGAUGUGAGCGCCAUGUGGUGGGAAAGAGCUGGUACUAAGGAGCCAUGUAUCAUAACUGCUUGUGAAGAUGUAGUUUCUCUUUGGAAACCCUUGAAUUCUUUGCAGUGGGAAAAAGCUCAUACCUGGCACUUCACAGAGGUUCCAGUAUUACAAAUAGUUCCAGUGCCCGAUGUUUACAAUCUUAUAUGUGUAGCUUUGGGAAGUUUGGAAAUCAGAGAAAUCAGGGCGUUGCUGUGUUCCUCUGGUGAUGAAAAUGAAAAGCAAGUCCUCCUGAAAUCUGGAGAUAUAAAAUCUAUACUUGGCCUAACAAAGAGGAGACUAGUUAGUAGCACUGGAACCUUUUGCAAUCAGCGAAUACAAAUCAUGACAUUUGCUGAAGAUGGAAGCAGCACAGAUGAGCAGCUUUUGAUGCCUCCCGAUGAAACUGUACUGACUUUUGCUGAAGUCCAGGGGACGCAGGACGCUCUGCUUGGUACUACCACUGUGAACAGCAUUGUGAUCUGGAAUUUAAAAACUGGCCAGCUCCUGAAAAAGAUGCACAUUGAUGAUGCUUACCAAGCUUCCAUCUGUCACAGAGCCUGUUCUGAGAUGGGGCUCCUGUUUGUUGUUCUGAGUCAUCCUUGUGCCAAAGAGAGCCAGGCCUUUGGAAGCCCUGUGUUUCAGCUGCUGGUGAUUAACCCUAAGACAGCUCAGAGUGUGGGUAUUGUGCUGUGCUCCCUUCCUCAGGGACAGGCUGGAAGGUUCCUGGAAGGGGAUGUGAAAGAUCAUGUCGCAGCAGCAGUGCUGACUUCUGGGACAAUUGCCAUUUGGGAUUUGCUUCUGGGUCACUGCACAGCUCUCCUCCCACCUGUCUCUGACCAGAGUUGGUCUUUGGUUAAAUGGUCGGGUACAGGUUCCCAUUUGCUAGCUGGGCAAAAGGAUGGAAAUAUAUUUAUAUACCGCUACUUUUAAGAGGCAAUAGUUUGGUUUUGUUUUUUGUUUUUUUGGUUUUUUGUUUUUUUUUUAAGAAUACAGUAUCUGAAUGACAUUUAAUGUGAUUACUUGAAUGUAUUUCCCACAAAUUUAAUUUUAUUCUGAUGGUGAUACUACUGACUGAACAUUUGUUUAUACUUACUUUCAGGUUAGUGGUUUUAAGUCAUACUUUGCACAUUUGCUAUUACAGCUGUAAAUAAGCAGUAAAUGUAAAUAAAUAUUUAUUUUGACACA